AUGUCUCAUGCUGACCACACCAGAGAUCCAUGUCCAUGGGUCAUAUUGAAUGACUUUGGAGGCGCAUUUGCUAUGGGCGCUGUUGGUGGCGGUAUAUGGCACGGUAUCAAGGGUGCACGAAACUCCCCUAGGUCCUGGCGGAGCAAACGUCACUUACGUGGACACUCACAGGGUGACCGUUGGGUUGGUGCCAUAUCUACUAUCAAAGCACGCGCCCCAGUCACAGGUGGCAACUUCGGCGUCUGGGGAGGCAUGUUCUCCACUUUUGAUUGUGCCGUGAAAGGUUGGCGGCAAAAAGAGGAUGCAUGGAAUGCCAUAAUUUCGGGGUUCAUGACGGGUGGAUGUUUGGCCGCAAGAAGUGGCCCAAAAUCAGCACUAGGAUCUGCAAUUGCGUGUGGUAUCCUGUUGGGUGUGUUUGAGGGUGUCGGUGUCCUUCUUUCUCGUGUGUUCAGCGAAGGUACACGACCACAGCUUCCACAACUGACUGGCACUAGCAUCAUUAUGGAGUCUACAAAGUCGGCGCGAAGCUUUGGGACGACCGUCGCUGGUCCAAGGAGAAUGGACGCAGGCAGCCGGCCCGUUCUCAAUUACGACCAAUCACACCGCGCCGAUGCAGAACCACAUUACUUCUCUAUUUAUCAUGACAAUCCGACUGUCCUACGACGUCAGUCAGCCAAGCAACUCAUCAACAGAUAUGAGUCCAUUUCGCGGGAGGAACCUCCAACUCCUCGUGGGCCACCCAGCGCAGCCCGUUUUAAUGGUGUAUUGUAUCGCCCCCCUGGCAAGGGUAAGAGGAGGUCUCUGAGUGCCUCGCUACGUGAUUUCCUGUCUGUCUUCCAGAAGGGAAGAAAAGGAAAGGACGGAGAUGACAGAGAAGAAGUCGUCCCUACUGUUGUGGUCGACGCACCGAGUAUGGCUCAGAUCCCUUCAAUGUACACCCAGAACGCCCACCUCCCUCAUGAUGCAGGUGCCGUGGUUUCGUCAGCCGGUAAAGUCUCUGCACUUCAUUGUGGUGCGCUGUUAUAUCUUUCCAUGUCAUCAUCAUCCAUUACUUCGGCUAUCCUGCCCGUCUGGACGUCCUGCAACGUUACCUUGCAUACCCUACAUAUACUCAUAACAUGGCACACCGCUCACGGUAAUCCUUCGACUCGCGUCAUUCCACUGGAUGGCUGCACUGAUGUCCGUUCUAUUUCUAUGAAUCGACUGGAUCUUGAUGAGAAGGCCCUUCUUCCGACCUCAACAGGCCAGUCCGAGCCGAAGGUAUUCGAGCUUCUUUUCGAAGGCCGCCGAAGAGAAAAAUUUGCUGCAUCAUCAAGUCAAGAACGGGCACGAUGGGUCAGCGCCAUAUGUUCUCGCAGGGAUAUGUUACUUCAAAGACAGUCGCAGGGAACAACUCGAGUAAAGACAUUAACGAUUCAGACAAACUUGCAACGCAAUGGACAAGACUAUCUGCAGCCUCCGUCAGCAUCAGAGUAUACUUCCUCCGAAUACGCGUCUUCUAGUGUUGUUGAAUCUGACACCUCGCUUACGACGGAGCAGUCUCUCCCUCCAACGCCGAGCACAAAAUCACCCUUAUCCAUUCAGUCUCCGGCUCGUUUCAGCCUGCACGACUCGCCACAGAAUUGUUCUCCCAUGUCGCUCUUACCUCCACAACCUCCGUCACAAAUAUCACCACGGAGCCCUGGUCCUAAGAGUCCUUCCAUCGCCAAACUUGGAAACCUUUCCGUAGUCACCCAACGGUUAACACAGAUCGAGCAAACGAGUUCGCCAGGAUCUGCGAGUAGUGCUUCUAUUGCGCCGCACUUACGGGGUGCUCAGACCAUCCGGCCUAUGCGUGCUCGCCGAGCGUUUGCAGAAAUCCAUAGGAUCAAAGAUGAAGGCUUUUCGAGCGACUCACCGUUGAGCAGUGGUGGACCCAGCCCGCUACCGAGAUCGCCGGCAUCGAUUGAAACAUAUUCUUCUAGGUCAAGGAGUGCUUUCGCCCGUAGUAGGACAUCUGCUCCGACUCUUCCUGGAACACCGCGAGUUAUCAGGGAAGGUUUACCGCCUCGAUCUACCUCGUCAUCUCCAGCAGAUAAGAGUCUGCAGCUGGUGCCCAUUACGGACCUGAUCAAAGAGAGCGCGACAAUGACUUUCGAUCAAACGGCAGGCAUCAACAAACAAAUUGUUGCGUUACAGCACGAUAUUCAGGACCUUCCCAGCGAGCUGGCACCCUUGUUGGCUGACACCGCACGAAAGUCUUCUACUGAGGCUAAGGAGGCUAUUCUCUCUACGAUACAAGCAUUGGUUGCCAGAGUAGAGGAGAUCCAGCAGCAGGGCUCCUCCAGCACUGUCCAGCUGCAGGUAAACUCCAUUAUGAAGAUCCUGGACGUCAUGCAAACUCAGUUGAAAUCGAGUUUUCCUCGUGUUCUCGAAAAACUCGAUGCGAUCCAUGACAAUCAAGAGCGGGAGAUGUCGACAUCACGUGCGAGCAUCACCAUGAACAAUCUGAGACCUCCUUUCUCUACACCGACUUCGCCUGCGGAAGGUUCAGCACCCUGUCUAAACGUGGAUCUCUUGGACAUAUAUGCGAAGCUGGACGAGCUUGCCUCGCUUUACAAGACUAGUAACACCCCGCCGAGCCCCACUGCAGGAAGCCCCCACGAAAAUGCAGACACUCCAGAGAAACCAGCACAUGAGCUUUUAGACGACAAGCUAAAAGCCGUCCUGGAUUAUCUGAAUGCGGAUGAAGAACAAAAAAAAGUGCAGCUCGAACAGCAGGCCGACAGCGUACGCUACCUGAACGAACUAAACUCGUGGCUGGACGCGUUCGUCAAUAACGGCACCACGCAGAUACAGGCUGUCGCAACUGGUGUUGAACAUAUUUGUAAACAGCUGGGUAUCAACACAUCCGAAGAACUUUCAAGCGCCAACCUGACUGGACAGGUGCAACAACUGUUGGAGGUGGCGCAGAGUCAAGCCCACAAUGAAGAGGAUUUGCGAUCAACAGUCCAUGAGUUGAUCCAGGUCGUUCAAGAACAUCUCAAUCAUGGAGAUGAGCAACGCAGAGCCCUUGUGACGGACUCGGUGAUGGAAAUUAUCGAUCGCCAGAGAGCAGACCAGGAGCAAAUGCUGCGGGUGUUGUCGAGCGGUAAGGGGUUUCUUUACCAGAAGAACUCGUCUGACAACCUGUCAGAGCUGACGGAGGAGAUUCGAGGAGAACGACUGCGAUUCGUGGAGGCGAUGAAAGAGGCCACAGCAAUUAACGUGCAAGCUCAUGUUGAACAUUUUAAGGCUGAGUUAGGUCGUGAAGUCGCAGUGAUGACACAAGAUGUUGGGAGGCUACACAAAGAGAAGCAAGCGAUCGAACAGCAAAUUGCGGACCUAUUCGCAUUCUACUCUAAGCAAAAGCAGGAAGCUGAGGCCGCUUAUCGGCGUGCACCUCCACGGUCUUCAGGUCACCAAAAUAUAGCUGCCUCAAAGCUACCACAACGUCGUCCGUUACCCAGCCCUAGAAACCACGGUGCUGAUGACGUUGGGUUCCAAAGGCGUGAUCCUCGGAGUAGAACCAGAGACGAUUAA